GCAGCUGCCACACCAAAGUGCUUUGUCAUAGGUUGUCCGAAUGGCGCCGAGGACCAGCCCCUGUACCCCGGGGUGACCUUGCAUAACUUUCCGACGGAAUUUUCCAAAGUGAAGGUCUGGCUCCGGCAAAGCGGGCAGCAUCUGGGCAACCCGGACUUGUUGGCGCGUCGCAUUCUGAGCAAUAGGAGGAAUUUUUGGAUGUGUUCUUCUCACUUCGGCCCGGACAGUUAUUCCAUCCACGGCUCCGCGGUCAACCUGAAGCCGGACGCCGUGCCGACCAUUUUCCCAAAAUUUGAAGAUCCCGCCGUCAAAGAGGAAGAGGACGGAGAGGAGCUUCAGCCAGCGGGAGCCGCGGACACCGGCUGCCAUGCGGCGUUUACUUCCAAAGAAGAGAUUGACGAGUGUGUAGACGAGGAGCGCCGAGUCAGGCAUGUUGCCACCACCACCGAUCCCCACUGGGGAGUGCGCAGCGUCGGAGUCCUCACCAGGCCGAUCCUUAUGAAGGAGGCCGCCACCUGCACGUCCAACUCGCGCUUCGGGAAAAACGCCAAGUUUGUAAAGUUACAGCGGCACACCGCGGACAAGGGUGUCCAGUGCUCCACCUUUGAUUUGAGUUUCGAUGGCGACGCACGAAGCGCAAGGCCGGAUUAUUUUUACCAGGCCGGCGCGUUCCAGUCUCCAGGUGAAGCGGGAUUCGAUAAGCCGUUCUUCGGCGCCCCCCCGCACUGGAACGAUGAAAGCGGGCUGGACGGGGCGGAUCAGGAGUGCAACAGCUCGGGUGAAGGUAUCCCAGUGAAGGACAGCAGGUUAUUUCUGGCCCUGGAAGAUGUGCUGAUCUCUCUUAUGCAGCAUAUGGUCAGCUCGUCCUUCAUUGAAGAGAGCGCCAAACUGACGACUCAUCGUAUCCUGAGACAAACUCUGGAGAUCAUCGGUCUGCUGACCGGAGAUAAAUGGGUGAUUGGGGAGGAAGAUGACGCCUUUGAAAAUCCAGAUGAGGUGCCGGUGAAAUGUGGUGACGUCGGAGUCUAUUUCUCCCCAGACGAGUGGGACUAUAUCGAAGCUCAUAAGGAGAUGUACAUUGACAUCAUUCCUGAAGACCCUCUGCUGACGGAGUCCCAGCAAGACUUGGCUUCAGGGGAAGAAUCGGCGAGUGAAGACGAAGCCAAACCUUCCCCGGAUCAUCAGAACUCCCCGGAGUGGAAGCCACAGAGUGACCGCAGCGACUUCAGCGAUUCCGAGCUAUCCACAGACGAAGACGGCGGUUCCGACAGCUCCAAAAAGCGCAAAACCGAAGACGCCUUCCUGGGGAACCCCGAGAUCAAAAUCGAGUACUCCGCAGACGGGAGGUCGCGAACGUUUUGGUGUCUGAGGUGCAACAUAUCCCUGAAGGACAGACGGGGUUUCCGAAGUCACUUGAAGACGCAGCGGCACCUGAAUUACCGCGCCGAUGAGGAGGAGGUGGCGUGCGAUGACUGCAGCCAGGUCUUCAACACCCGAUCGGCGCUGGUUAAGCACAAGGCCGAGAACCACGCCAACAAGCGCUACGCCUGCACCAUCUGCGGCCUGGAAUACGACUACAUAUCUCAGUUUAUCAUUCACCAGAGGGCGCACACCGGGGAAAAACCGUUCGAGUGCGACAAGUGCGGCAAGAGGUUCGGUCACAAAUGCACUCUGCUCGUCCACCACAGGCGGCACCUCAAGGGGAAAACCGUGAAGUGCAGCAAGUGCGACCGGCUGUUCGACACCAAGUCCCAGCUGCACAGGCACGAGAGGAUUCAUGUGCCCAAAAAGCCCUUCAAAUGCCCCGUGUGCGGAAAACAGUUUGAGCAGAAAUCACUUUUCACGAGACAUAAGUGGGAGCACGAGGAGGAGGCGAAGCAAGACCCAAAGUUUGCCAAACAAACGCGCGAGGGUAGCGCAGCACCGGACUCUCCUCCCAAUGACGUCCCGCAAGGCAGUUGA